UAACCUUUGCUAUCAUUUAAAGUUUAGCAAAGUGAAAAAACUCAUGUUUUGUUGUUAAGAAUUUUUAGUAUUUAACAAAAAAAAAAAAAUGUGGUACGAAGCUUUACCUCCAGCAGUUAUUGUAUUCGUAUUGUUAAAUAUACCUGACAGAUUUUGUUCACUUACAAAUAAACUCGUUUUGGGUAAUACAUACCGUCGAGAUAUUGGUAAACCAUGGAUGCAGAGGUACUAUGCUAGAGAUUGGGAACUGACUGGUAACCCAUAUAAAGCUCAAGGUCUAGAAUCUUUGUCAGAUGAACCAACAAUUGGAGGAAUAAACUGGCAAAAGUAUAAUCGUUUCUCAAAAUAAAAUAAUUUAUUAUGAAUAUAAAUAAGAUAAAUUAUCCUUUGUAAUUGGAUGUGUAGAUCAAUACUAGUUAACACAAUAGAAACACAUUUAUUUAUAUGUAUGUCAUAAAUCUAAGAUAUUUGUAAAAUAUGAUUAUCUAAUUAAAAUGUAAUAUAAAAAAUUUUACCAAACAUA